UUGCGUGUUCCUGAUUGGAUCCAGCCCCAACCCGUAAAAAGUCAAAGGGGAAAAAAGAACGAGGCCAAAACUAAAAACCAUAUUUUUGUAGCUGAGAGCAACUUUCGGUGACCCAAUUCAAGAGAUCCGGCAUACAAUUCCGAAAGCCCAGCGUUUCGCUUCCGUUUACCCUGCCCCGACAUGGAUAAACUAUACCAAGAAGAGGCUUUCGCCGCUCAGGAAGCCAUGGACAAAGAGAUAAUGCAAACCUCAGAUACCACCGUCCACGUUUUCGACCCAGAUAUCCACCCUGAACAGAAACGGGCCGAAGCCGAAAGAGACAUUCCCCCAAACUUGAUACCAGACUUUCGUAAUCUAGGUCAUCGCAAAGGCUUGCAGACCGAACUAGGGACCUACGAUGUCCACGAAGUUAUGCAAGCGCUCGCAAGCGCUCAGCUCAAACCCAUCAAGCCGACCGACAUUCAAGUGUCACGUACAAAAUCACGGAGAAUGUCAACGGCAUCGCCACGGUCACCCAAAAGCCCAACCAACGGCACUAUACCAUCAGCACGUAUUCCCGACCACUGGAACAUUGGCUGGACAUCCCUGUCUUCCCGUCCUAACCCAGGAGGAGCCACUCAUCUGCGUGCGAAUGAAAAGAACAAUGACCCUACCACAGAGAUUCUGUUUCUGCUUUUUCGUGGGGAAGGGUUACAAGAUACGAUAAUGAUAUUCGUCGUAGGCAUAGGAGCAUGGACACUGGCAACCUUUGGAUUCGGAGUGGCCACGUUUCUAUUUCUGUGUCUUGCUGUAGGAUUGUACCUUCAAUUGGACUAUCAAAGAUUUCAUCGACAAGCAAGCGAUGAUAUUCAUCGAGAAAUGGUCAAACAAAGCCUGGAAACCAAUGCCGAAACCGUGCAUUGGCUUAACACUUUCCUACAAAAAUUUUGGCUCAUCUUCGAACCGGUCAUGAGCGCCUAUGUCAUUGAAAAUAUCGACACUUAUUUGGUCGAUUAUCUUCCUGGGUUCCUCGAUUCCGUUCGAUUAACCACCUUUACUCUCGGUUCCACUCCCUUUCGAGUCGACAAUGUAAAGACCUUUUUGAACACCGAACCAGACACUGUGUGCAUGGAUUGGACAGUGUCUUUUGUGCCAAACGAUACGUCGCAAAUGACGAUGAAGCAAGUGGAACAGAAAAUGAAUCCCAAGGUCGUGCUUAAUAUUCGUCUGGGAAAAGGCAUGGUUGGGGCAGGGAUCCCCGUUCUCGUGGAGGACAUGAGUUUCAAGGGCCAAAUGCGCAUCAAACUCCAGUUUACCAGCAAAUUCCCGCACAUCAAGAUGGUCGAAGCCUGCUUUAUGAACAAACCGCUCUUUGAUUAUGUGCUUAAACCGAUUGGUGGAGAAACAUUUGGUUUCGAUGUGAACAAUAUUCCAGGGCUGCAGAGCUUUGUGCGCGAUCAAGUACAUACGAUCCUUGGGCCAAUGAUGUAUUACCCCAAUGUAUUCAGCUUUAAUCUAGAAAAGUUCUUUGCUGGAGAACUCGAUAUCACACAAGCAAAUGGUGUAUUGGCUAUUACUGUGUAUUCCUGUACACCUUUGCAAUCCGGUGACUUUUCGGGAGCAAGUAUCAGUCCGUUUGUUCGAUUCUAUUUGGAUAAAGCCCAGGAACUCGGACGAACCAGUGUUCUGCCCAACACACUCGAACCACGGUGGAAUGAAACCCAUUUCCUUCUAUUAAACAAUUUAACCUCGAUACUCACCCUUGAACUGCGAAGCCAAAACAACAACACCAAAGAUCGCCGCAUUGCAAGAACCCACUUUGAUCUACACGAAUUAUCGGAGGAAGCGAGUGGAGAAGCAUCUGGAUUGGAGCUAUUAAUGACACGACGUGGCAAACCCAUUUGCCACUUGAAAGCAGAUAUGCGGUUCUUGCCAGUGUCAAAACCAACCUACUUGCCUGACGGCACCGUGGAGCCCGCGGCAGAAUCAAAUUCCGGUGUGCUUCGUUUGACGGUGCAUGAAUGCCGACAUUUGGGUGGAACGACGGUCAGUCCUUAUGCUGUAGUGAUGAUUAAUGGGGCGGAAAAGAUGACAACGCCAGUGUUCAAGCGUAAUCCCAAUCCUAAAUUUGAACGGCCCGUCGAAGUGGUGGUGUUGGACAAAACGGAAAUCUACCUUCGCGUGCUUAUCAAGGACAGCGUGGCGUUUGGCGAGGAUACGUUGUUGGGAGUGUGGCGUGGAUAUCUUAUGGACAUGUUGCAACAACAAGCCAAGAACGACGGCUGGUGGGACCUUUAUUUGCGGGAACGGAAAACCGGCGGCCGGAUUCGCGUCAGUAUGCAAUGGAAACCGGUGGUCAUGAAAGAACUAGCGUUAGGUGUCACUGGUUUUGGUCUCUACAAUCCUCCCAUUGGUGUGGUUCGAUUGUCAUUGUGGGAAGCGCGUGAUCUGCGGAAUGUCGAGGCAGCCACAGGCAGUAAAUCGGACCCUUAUGUGCGUGUCAUGUCGGGUUCGCGAAUCUGUGCACGGACCGAGGCCAUUGACAAUAAUUUGAAUCCCGAAUGGACCGAAAUUCAUUACAUUCCCGUGCACUCGAUGAAGGAAGAUCUCGUCUUGGAAGUCAUGGAUUGGAAUGCCAAAACAAGCGACAAGUCGCUCGGUUCCGCGGUGCUCCACAUGCGAGACAUUGUAUACCAACAGACCAAAGAAGAAAAUGGAACUACCCAUACCUGGUACAUCGCCAGUCCGCCAAAGAUAGACAAAUGGGCUCCACUUCGAGCUGUGGGACGAAAGUCAGCCAAAGGCGAAUUGCACUACAGCGCUGAAUUUUAUCCUACGAUGGCAUUGCCAAAACUAGCUUCCGAACCCGCUGCAACAACAGAAUCCUCGUCAGAACCGUCCGAUGCCCCGGAAACGGUGACUGUUACACCUAACCAUAAUGACAUCGAGACCACUGCUCCGUUGUACGAUUUGAAUGGAUUCCCUGUCAACUAUACCCCGGAUAACGUGAUUGAUCUGCGCACGUACGAUUGUGGCGUGUUGACGGUCCGAAUCCAUGAAGUGCGAUUGCGUCGGGUGGCCAAGGCGUACGCGCAGAUCCUUGUCGACUCUCUUACGCCGCAAUUCAAAACAGCCAAGGUCAAAGGCCGUGUGUUGCCUUUCAACGAAGCGGGUGAUGCGUUUGUGAAGGAAGCCGAAUUUUCACGCGUGGUGGUGGAAAUUAAACCGAGUGAUAGCGAUGAGAAUGAUGACAUCAAACUGGGAUAUUGGGUCGACACUGCCAGCAACAUUAUUCGUCAUAUACAACAGCGCCAACGCAGGUUAAUUCCUCGCACAGACGCGGAUAGACAGGAAGACGACGACGACGAUGGCGAUUGGUACCCGCUGCUCGGUUCCGACGGUGCAGAGAUUCGGUUGAGUUUCUGCUAUGCGCCACUCAUGAAUUUCCACUUGAGCCCAGAUGAAAGCCUGGAAAAUCAGGGAAAUUUGACCGUAACGUUACUCAGCGCAAGGAAUCUCAAGGCAGUGGAUAAAUCAGGUACCAGUGAUCCUUAUGUGGUAUUCACCAUCGAUGGUGCCCGGGUUCACAAGAGUAUCACCAUCAAGAAAUCGUUGAGCCCUGUAUGGAGAAACGAGCAAUUUGUGGUCCCCAUUCAAUCACGAAGAUGUUCAAGUUUCCGUAUUGAAGUAUUCGAUUGGAACCAAUUCCAAGGAGACGAAUCACUAGGAUCCGGGGGAAUUUCCCUUGCAAGCGAAUUUAUCGAGAGUUUUGUGGCAAGGGAUGUCCAGAUUCCGUUGGCGGGACCUCCGGAUGUGACAGGCACGGUACGUGUCCGAUUUCUGUGGCAACCUCAGUUGUUGGCGAAACGAAAAACGCACACUUCGGUGCUAUCGUCCACCACACGGAUGCUGACGGGGGUAAUGGGACUGACAUCGUCGCACACGACCUCGGUGUUUGACCUCCCUCCCACUAUUUCACCGGCGCGAUCGAUUUCGAACCGUGCAGGAGCCAAUGCUUCGGCACACAGUCGCACACCUUCGCUGGCCGUGACCGAUACGUCUUUGCGCAGCCAGGAACAUGAAAUCACCGCCAGUGAAACCGGGAAUGCGGGCGGUGUUGUCAAGGUGACGUUGAUGGAAGCCCGAGGACUUCGAGGCGUCGAUAAAAGCGGUACAAGCGAUCCAUAUGUACGAGUGACGGUCGACCAACAACCCGUGUUCAAAUCCAAAGUAAUCAAAAAAUCAUUAACUCCGGUUUGGAACGAGAGUUUCAACUACACGGUCGCUAGGAAACCGACAAUUAUUGACUUUAAGAUCAAGGAUUACAAUCGGUUCAGUCAUUCAGUGGACCUGGGCGAAUGUCGCUGGAAUAUUUGGGAACUGCUUCCAAGUGGCAGUGCGACGACGGUGGACAAAUGGUUGCGACUGUAUCCGUCCGAUUCUGGUGAGAUUCAUGUCAAGAUAGAAUUUUCCCCGCAUUGAAAACCCACCUGAACCAAUCAAAAUGAGCAUCUGUUUUCAUGUUGGAAAAACCCUCUUUGCAUCGUCCGAAAACUGUUGAGUUCAAAAAAUGAAAACGAACCACCGAGAACCGUUUCUAUUAUCUUGCCUUUGGUAUUCCUCCAAGUAU